AUGCUCUUCACCGAAACCCACGUCGACGUCACCACCGUCGCAAAUGGCAAGGAGACUUCCAUGCGGAUCUUCGUCUUCACCCCGACGGUGCCCCAGUAUCCCAACGCUAAAUUCCCAGGCGUCCUCCUCUUCAGUGAAAUCUACCAAGUCUCCGGCCCCGUCGCCCGAUUCGCCCGCCUCAUCGCCGGCUACGGAUACAUCGUCGCCGCCCCAAGCUCCUACCAUGACUUUACCGGCCCGGACCCCCUUCCCUAUGACGGGCCCGGAACGGACCAGGGUAACGAGUGGAAGAUCACAAAGACUCUCGAAUCCUACGAUGAAGAUGUCAAAAAGACCGUAGAUUACCUCCUCACUCAUCCGAACUGCAACGGCCGCAUCGGCGCCACCGGCAUGUGUCUCGGCGGCCACCUCGCCGUCCGCGCAGCCCUCGACCCCCGCAUCUCCGCCGUAGUCUCCUUCUUCGGCACCGACAUCCACUGCCGCUCCCUCGGCCCCCACUCCGCCCGCAACGCCUCCCCCGCCACCAUCCCCUCCUCCAACCACACCCUCGACCGCCUCCCCGAGCUCCGCUCCGCCGAAUUCGCCCUCAUCUUCGGCGUCCAGGACACCCACGUGCCCCCCGAGGGCCGCGACCUCAUCCGCGCCAAAUUCCGCGAGGCAGGGCUCGUCACCAGCUUCUACGAGUUCGCUUGGGCCCAGCACGCCUUUAUCAGGGAUGAGUUGAGCAAAGGUAGGUAUGAUCCCCAGAUUACAAAGGUUUGCUUCGAGGUCUUGUUGGAGCUUUUUGGGAGGGUUUUGAAGACCGAGGUUGGGGACAGGGAUGCUACGCCGAAGGAGCUGGAGCAUGACGAUGAAGUAGAUGGGGUGAGCUAG